CUGCAGGUUAGGGCUCCGUCGGCGGCCCGGCAGUCGAGACGCGUCGCUUCACCACGUCACGUCACGGCUAAACUUAUUUGCCGGCACUACCGCGAGUUUACAAAUAAAUUGACAGCGCGCGCUCGGUAUAACCUAAAAAUCAUAGACAAUUUUGCUUUUUUUAAUGAUAUAUUUUUAGUGUCUUUUCAGCCAGUUUUAUCUUUCGAAUGAGACAGUUUUGGUAAUUUUGUGAAGUUUUUGAAUUGGCGGGCGCCGGGUUGAUGUGUGCGAGCGAGAGGGGUGAUAUGGAGAGCCCGGGUGAGGAGACGGGACGGAGCGCACCCCCCGCGCACACCCCAGCCCCCCCGCAAAACAACGGCUCCAAUAAGAUUAUCGGACGCAACGUGAAUGGGACCAUGGUAGUGACGUCGGCGCCGGCCAACGAGGCGGAGCUGCAGCUAUACAGGGUGAUGCAACGCGCCAGCCUGCUCGCAUAUUACGAUACUCUGUUAGAAAUGGGAGGCGACGACGUCCAGCAGCUUUGCGACGCUGGCGAGGAAGAAUUCCUCGAGAUAAUGGCACUAGUCGGCAUGGCCUCCAAGCCACUCCACGUCAGGCGGCUCCAGAAGGCCCUCCAAGAAUGGGUCACCAACCCAGCCCUCUUCCAAAUCCCCAUAGUCCCAAACCUCUGCCCCACAGAAAACCCUUUCAUGCAAUGCAACCAAAGACUACUUAACAUCCCAUCAAAUAUACCUUCAGUUCUACCCCGAACCGUCGCAUCACCUGAAAAUAACCGUCCCAUGUAUAGUCCUUCACCUGGCGCUCCAGAAAACAGCUGUGGUUCCACUACGUCAGCCCCAAACGCGAGUCCAAUUCACCAACCUACCACAUUUACCAAAAUAGUCUUACCGUCAUCACCAGCCCCAACUACCCCUGUGACGUCAUCAGCUUCUAGAUCUUUCUCACCGCAAAGUGCCUGUCCGCCUGCAUCGGCCGGAUCCAGUCCAUCAUCAGUAACAUCACCGGUUCAAUUAACGCCAGUGCUUUUAGACAUACAUGUACAGAAAUUGGCUGCAGCUGCAGAAAAGUUGAGCAAACAUUUGUCGCCAUUAGAACCGAAGCCACAGAAUACGAAGAAGAAGAUGUGUAAAGAAUUGGAGCUGGUGAUGAUGAUGCCCGAGUCGGAUCCGCGAAGGAUGGAGGAGAUCAGGAAAUAUGCGGCGAUAUACGGGCGGUUUGACUGCAAGAGAAAGCCAGAGAAGCCGUUAACUCUACAUGAGGUGAUGGUAAACGAGGCAGCCGCCCAGAUGUGCCGCUGCGUGCCCGCGCUGCUGACGCGGCGCGACGAGCUGUUCCCGCUGGCGCGGCAGCUCGUGCGCAGGGCCGGCCUGCACUACUCCAAGCACGGACUCCCCCCGAGUGCUUCGCUGGAGGACCGUGACCACGAAGACGAGACGCCCAGCAAGCGGCCGCGGCAGGAUGGAGAGGAAGGCAAUGGAGUGAGAGCAAGUCCUGAUGCCGCAAGGAGCAACUCCAACCAUAGACAUUUGUUUCCUCAGCUGGUGGGGCGUGAAGGCGGAGAGUGAUGACGCGGACUCCAGGUGUUCUUACUCCAGUACCAGCACUCCUCCUCCUGAUGCUGAAGAAUCUCGCCCUCAAGUUGUGGCCGCGCGGGGAGACAGCAUCAUAGCAGUAGCCAACCCAGCGUUGCAGCCCCCGCACCCCGCCAGAAACCAUUCCAACUGAUCCUUACUAUCAUCAUCAUCAAUUAAUUUAAGAACUUUGUUUCUUGUCGGUGGAGAACUUUCCAUCUAAUUCUGUCCUCAGCCAUUGAUUUCACCUCCCUAUACGACACGAGCUCUGCCUUCUCUUUUAUUUCAUCUAGGAAUACCCUUAGGUUGAUCCUUACUAUAUAAAUAUAUGUAUAUUGACAAAAAACACGGAUUAGUCAGCCCCAAAGUAAAUUCGAGACUUGUGUUACUAGAUACUUACUCAACAAUACAUUUUAUAACACAGGUCAAUUUGAAUAGUAUCAUCUUGACCAGACGGGGAUCGAACUCGGGACCUCCAGUGAAGCAGUCCGCCAUGAUGACCAUUAGGAAAGGUCGUUAGAUAUUGAUUAAAAAAAACUAUUCCAGUUGAUUCUUGUAAAGACUUAACAGGAACUCAAGUUUUAAUUUUUUUUAUUAGACCUAUGAAAAAUACCAUUUGUCAGUGGUGACCGACCAAGCAUCGUACAAUUUAGAUGGGCAAGCCUGCUAUACAAACACUACUCGGGAAAAAAUCUAAUUGAUACAAAAGACAUUUUGAAAUUCCCUAUUCCGCGUCCUUCCCGUCCGUCACAAAGCGGCACGAUCAAAUGUAUGAACGUAUUGCUGUGUCCUGUGUCCAUACUUACUAAUAUUACAAAUGCGAAAGUCUGUCUGUCUGUUCGGCUUUUACGGCUAAACCGCUGGGCGGAUUUUGUUGAAGUUUGGUAUACAUGUUGUUAUAGACUUGUGUUCAAACAUAAGCUAUUUUUUCUUCAAAAAUCGACCUCAAAAGGGCUAUAAUGGGUUGUGAAAGUUUGUAUGAAAUACAUAUCUGUUCCGCUUUCGCAGAUAAAUUUACGCGAGCGAAGCCGCGGAUAAUGUCUAGUAGACUAUAUAGGACACCCAUAAUAUACACCCACACGUUUGAUAUUUUCAUCAUAUAUUGUCGUGUCGUUGUCGUGUUGCAAUAAUCGCAUCCAAUUCGUUAUAGAAUAUUAUUCUGCAAAUAUUUUCCUAUAAAUUCAUUAUGUUUUUAGUUAAGAAACUGAGAUUGGUACAAAUAUAUCCCACCGUUAUUAUUUUUAAUUAUAUAGUUUUUACCAUUUUCUUUCAUAAUAUCAGAAAAAUAUUAACAGACAAUGAUUUAUUACAGGUGAAUUCAAAAUUCCGAAAAUAAUUAAAUUCAAAAUUCCUCUUUCAUCCAAUCAGUACUUAGCCUAAAUUGGGAUUACGAUGUGGAAUAGUUUUAUUUAUUAUUUCAGAAAUUUUGUUCUUCUUUCUUUUUUUUUUUGAGCAUUUUUCCAUAGCAGUCUUUCCCCUAAUAUUAAAAUCACAAUAUUAAAGUCACUUGUACAUUCCGAAUACUAAAUAGUAAUUGUAUAAUUUUAGACCUGUAAAUAAUUGUACACAUUAGUUUUAGACAACGAUCAUUGCGAGCCAUAUUGUACUAAGUUAUACACGAUAUAUAAAUACAUAAUAUGUUUAUAUUAUA